UCCGCCUCACGCGGGCGAGCCAUCAUUUCUUCUUCACUGAACGUUCUGCGGCGCUGCCGGAAAAAUUACCUGCAAUUCUGGAUAUUGAUAGCGGGGCGCGUGUAAGCGAUUUUUUUGUACGGUGGUGCUUGAUUCGAUUUUGCACGUCAGUUCGAUACAUCAUAAACAGCAGUGUUCGGCUCCAGAUGGCUGGGUGCCCUGUGACCACUCGGUGAUUUAUGCCAUGUCCGUCGCUGAGCGUGGAAGCCCCUUCCUACUUGUAGAAACAAAAAAUGUUUUCGCAAAAAUGUGAAAAGUGAAUAUUUUUCGUGUGAGAAAUGAAAAGCGGAGAAGUGGGGCGGUCCUUAAUUUGGUGGUUGGGGCUGGGAUUAAUGUCUGCCGUGCUGGCGUUCUUGUACUUUAAUGGAUCCAAAUCGAAAGCGGCCCUCACAGACAGAGUCAACGCCACCUAUGAUUUCGUUAUAGUUGGGGGUGGUAUCUCGGGUUCGGUGUUGGCCAGCCGCCUUUCGGAAUCUCCCGAUGUUACAGUCCUUCUCCUGGAAGCCGGAGGUUUGGAUUCCGAUCCCGAGCUUCGGGUACCACUUCUCUCCUCACUGGAGCGAAAAGUGGAAAAUGACUGGAAGUUCACUUCUACUCCACAACAACACGCCUUCAAAUCUUUAACGGGGAAGAGAGGGCGUUACAACAUGGGCCGGGUGCUGGGAGGGGGCAGUUCUAUAAAUAGCAUGGUAUACUUACGCGGAAGUAGUGGCAGCUAUAACUCCUGGGAGAGCUCCGGAGCCUCGGGCUGGGGUUUUAGAGACGUCAUUCCGUACUUCCUCAAGCUAGAAAACUUUUGUAUCGAAAAAUUCCAAACUUCGGCAUAUCAUUCCACGAAAGGCCCUGUAGUGAUCAGCGACGGAUCUCAGGACCACCCACUUCUUCAUGAUGUUUAUCAGAGGGCCUCAGAAACACUAGGGUAUAAAGCUACCGACUGCAACGGCAAAGACUUCAUAGGAUUCUGUUCCAAUCCCACGAUGAAGGACCGCGCCAGGCGAGUAAGCACUUCCGGUACUUACCUAUCGCCAGCCAUGGACAGGACCAACCUGCACAUAGCCCUAUAUAGUCACGUGACAAAGGUGCUGAUUUCUAAUGGUAAGGCGGUGGGUGUUGAGUACCUACAGAAUGGCAGGCGGCAGGUGGUGGGGGCCACUAAAGAGGUAACCCUGGCCGCCGGGCCUAUAAGCUCCCCCCACAUCCUGCUCUUGUCGGGAGUCGGACCGAGGGACCACCUACAGGAACACAAGAUAACGGUUCACGCGGAUCUUCCGGUUGGAGGGUUUAUCCAAGAUCACGUGAUGUUCCCAAUCCGGGGCUCCAUCAAUGAAUCUCUGACUGUGACCUACCCAAGGUCAACCAGCAUCCUGGCCAAACUAAAAUACAAAGCGUUUGGAGGAGGUCCCUUAUCAUCCAACGGCGCCAUUGUUGGUCACUCACUAGUGGAAGUAAAGCAAAAUAAAACGAAUCAGGCAGACAUAUUGAUUAGUUUCCUGGCAACGAUACCGGAACUCUGGUCAGCAAUGGAUUAUGGGUAUGAAACAAAUGUACGAAAAGAUCUGACACCUGUCAGAAACGGAAAACCGAAUUCCACGGAGGGAGUUACCUUCCUGAUUCAGCCCCUGGAACCAAAGAGCAGCGGAACACUGAAGAUUCGCAGCACAAAUCCAUUUGAUCCCCCGGAUGUAGAUCCAGAAUAUCUGGAACAUCAUGAUGACGUCGCUAGUCUCAUCCAAGGUCUAAGAUUUUACUUUAAACUAAUGAAGACUAAAGCGUUCACACGCUUACAAGUCAGGCCCCCGUACUCACCAUUUCCUAAAUGUUCCAAAGAGAAACUCAACUCGGAUAGCUAUUUAGAGUGCUUAGUCCGCCAUCUAGCGGUGCCAGGGAAUAAUCUGAUCGGCGGAUGUAAGAUGGGGUCUGCAAAGGAUAACACUACAGUGGUGGAUCACAGACUGAGGGUGAAGGGUAUCGAUCGGUUGAGGGUUGUUGAUUCCUCUGUGAUGCCGACUCUUGUGUCACCUGACCUCACAGCGCCCUCUAUAAUGAUGGCGGAAAAGGCCGCCGACAUGAUAAAAAGCAGACAUUUAUCGAAAAAGAAUGUUGUCACAGCAACUAGAAAGAAAACUAGGUAGCGAUAUUAAAGUUAGGAUUUUCAAAUAUUUGAUGUGUUUAGUGGCAAUAUUUCCAUAUGCAGGCAGAGUAUCACUCGUGAAAUUCAUUACAAUAUGUAUUAUAUACUGGAGAAUGAAUGGACUUAACAAAUUUCGCUGUUAAUUUCGUGAAUAUACACGUACUACGAUGAGAGUUGACAUAAAUAAUGAACAGGAAAGACCCAUAGGAACGUGUGUGUAUUUACUCUUAGCAAUAAAGUCUAUAAUGUUUUCCCUUCAUAAAUUGUACAUACAAUGUGCUAACACUUUAUACCACAUAGGAAUGAUAACAUAUGCAUAUUAAAUUGAGUGCAUAGAAUAAGUAUAUUUUGUAUACUAUCAGAAGAAAGUUUCUCAACUUGAGGAUGGAACAUUGAGGAGAAUAAAAGGCAAUUAAAACAC